ACGCCGCGCGCCUCUGCAGUCUGGGCCUGGGGCUGGGCGCGCUACCCCGGGACCUCGCGCCCUGCGCCCCGCACCCAGGCCCGCGUGGGCGCCCAGGCCGACACACCCAGCCCCAGCGCGGAGUGACGAGUUCCCGCAGGGGGCCGCGGCGGAACCAGGACCAGCAGCGCCGGGGCGGGCGCCUCUCGGCAACCAGAUGUUCGCCAUUCAGCUGGGGCUAGCUGAGGGGGGCCAGUUCCUGGGGAGCCCACCUCCUGGGGUAUGUCAGCCCAACUUCCAACCAGACAGCAAUUCCAACUUCAUGGCAAGUGUCAAGGAUGCCAAUGAAAACUGGCAUGGGCUGCCAGGCAAAGUGGAAUCCAUCCUGAUGGGGAGUUCCCCUGCGUUGUCCUCUGACAAGGAGGACUUCCAGGCCCCUGGACUCCCCGAGGAGGAGGUCCGCAGCCCUCCAGAGGGGGCAGAGAUCCCCAGGGCUCAGCUUGAGAAGAUGAGCGGUGCCAGCACAGUCUGCUCCCCACUGGAGGACAACAGCUAUGCCAGCAGCUCCCUAAGUAUCAACAGUCCCAGCAGCAGCCCUGAGCCGGCCUGUGGAACUCCUCGAGGCCCUGGCCCUCCAGAUCCUCUUCUGCCCUCGGUGGCCCAUGCAGUGCAGCAGCUGCAGGCCCAGGAGCGCUACAAAGAGCGGGAGAAGGAGAAGCACCAUGUGCAUUUGGUGAUGUACCGUCGCCUGGCCCUGCUCCAAUGGAUCCGUGGCCUGCGGCACCAACUGGUUGACCAGCAGGCCCGUCUGCAGGAGAGCUUUGACACCAUCCUGGACAACCGAAAAGAGCUUAUCCGUUGUCUCCAGCAGGGGGCAGCACCAUCCCGACCCCAAGACCAGAGCUAAGGGUGUGCUCCCACAGGUGUGCAAGGGGUUCUACUCUUUCCUGGAGAGAGAAGGCUAGCCUGCUGUCAUUUAUCUGAAGGUUAUGGCUGAUCCAUUCUCCUUCUUUCUUCUCCUCACCCAUCCAAGACCUCGCUCUGCUAAGGCUGUUGUCCCUGAUGGUGGAUUUGUGUAAGAGGUUUGAUGCCUGCUUUGGCCUACCAUGUUUAAUUUGGCUGUGAUUUUGUCAUGGCAGCUGGCAGAGAAUUGGUAUCAGGAAGGAGUACAGGAGAUGGUGAUGGAGACCGUGACAGAGUUGGGGGGUGGGGAUCAGAGAAGGAGAUAGGAGACUGUCCUUCCUGAAGUCUACCUUUGGACAGCUGGGGGAUGGGGUGGGAGAAAUGCCAGUUCAGAACCCUGUGAAGAAUAGGAGAAUGGGAGUUCUAAAAUAUCAGUCCCCAAACAAACUAGAUCUCUCCACUGGGAAAGGAGCUGUUGAAAACCAUUUUGAUUUAAGCUUCUGAUGAAAAGGAAUGUGUGUUUAUAAGCUUGCAAAUAAUGAACAAGGUGUUCCAAGAGUAUUGAGAAAAAUCUCUCUUCUCUUUCUGCCUCUGCCUCUCUGUGCCUCUAUGGCUUUGGCAACAUUCAAUUGGUUUGGUCCAUUUCGCGGAAAUCAGACUGAGUCGGGGAGCCAGAGCUCAGCUUUCUGAGGUGGCAGAAGGGAGUGUCAGAAAAGCCUUAGGAAGCUCUUAGGAUAUUGGGUGAUACCCCCUUCCAUCACUGCAUGGGGUUGACAGCCUCCAGCAGAAGCUCCUUGAGGUGGAGAGGGGGUGUGUCCUGGGGAGAACCAAGGACCAAGGUAGCUAAGCUCUCUGGGAGCCAAGAGAAUGUAAGAUCCUGGUGGGUGAGCAGUGGCAUAAUGGCGAAAUGCUGGCCCUCAUUCUCUCUACCUGCAAAAUGUGGGGCCUCUUCUUGGUCUGUCUCUAAGUAGUUCCAUCCCUGGGAAGUGAAUGAAAGGUAUAAGGAAUGGGUGAAACAUGGGCCAUGGGGACUUUGUGUCUAGCUUAUGCAUGUUGAAUGUGAACUUCAACUCUGGACCAACCCCAGAUGAAUAAAUGGGGCCAGAGAAAUGAA